AUGUUUCAGCAACUGUUGGAUAGUACUGCGAUAAUAUCUGUGCUGGAGACCUAUUUGCGGGACAAAGCGUCUCAGCUGCAAGAGAUAAUAAAGUUUUAUCCUGCCACAAAGUAUGUGAAUGACGAUGGGAAAAGUACAACCGAGAUUGCCAAUAAAUAUUUCGUUAUGCACAAUGCGGUCGUCCCAGACGAACGAGAAAGAGCGAUUGAGAUGGAGGAACGCGAAUGGAGACAAUGGGCAGAUAAGGUUCUAGUGCACACCUUGUCUCCAAACGUGUACCGUACUGCUGGGGAGGCUCUGGAGACCUUCAAGUGGUUCGAGGAGGCCGGAGGGUGGAAGCAAUCUUUCCCCAGCUGGGAGUGCGCGUUGAUGGUCUACGGAGGGGCAGCUGCUAUGUGGAUCAUAGCCAAACGGCUUAAGAAGAG